AUGGAAAUAGGGGCCUCAGCUUCCUCUACUAGCUUAGAAAUGCACGAUGAGAGACCUCAAGAAACUUAUGUAGCAUCCACAUCUUCUAAACGAAGAAAGUCGGUAUCCGAGGUCUGGAACGACUUCUACAAGGAUACAAUAGAUGGGGAGGAGAAGGCCGUGUGUAAACGUUGUAAAGGGAAAUUCGUAGGGUCCAGUAAAAGUGGGACCACACACCUGAAGAAUCACUUGUCAAGCUGUCCAGCUAAGAAAGUUGGAGAAACACAUACAAAAAUGAUGAGUACUCGUCUCGAAACAGCCGGCGUUGGUAGGGAUUUUGUGUUCAAUGAUGAAAUGAGUCGCUUGGAUGCGGCAAGAAUGAUAAUUAAGCAUGGAUAUCCAUUGGAUUCCAAACUUUGGCCACAAGACGCUUUAAAGGGUGGCAUUCUUCGUGUCUACGAAGAAGAGAAGAAGAAACUCCAUAAGUAUCUGGAUUGUAUGAGAUUGAGGAAAAAGAUUCUUGCCUUGAAAAAAGUAGAUCAGUACGAUGAUAUUGCAGCGGGAACUUUGUUUGGAACAGUAACAAGUUUGCUUCAAGAGUGGAACAUUGACAAGAAAUUGUACUCUAUUAUUUUAAGAAGUUCUCACCCAAAUGAUAAAAUGGUUCCAAAAUUGGGAAUCUGUCUUCACAAUGGAGCUUACCAGCUACCUUUACGCAGAAAUUUCUUCCACAUCCAUUGUACUACAGAUAUUUUAAACCUUCUUUUUCAGAAUGGAUGGAAAGAGGUGGAUGGGAUACUUGGUAAGAUAAGGAAUGCUGCAAGAUAUAUUGACGAAGAACGACUGCAUUCGGAACUGAAUUUUGAUCAGAUUCUAGAGCAACACCAUUUUCAAGGCAAGUACUACAGUGUUUCUUUAAGAUGGGAUUCCGCUUUGCUCAUGCUUGAAAAAGCCCUAAACUCGAAAAAUCUAAUUUCUCUUCUGAAAAGAAAAGAUCGUGACUUGGUGGUCCCAUCUAUGGAUGAAUGGGAUGCGGCGAUGGUCGUAUACAAAUUUUUGAGACUACUAUAUGAUGAUUCAUGUCAUUUUUUAGGAUGCAAAUGUCCUACUGCAAAUAUGUACUUUUCUCGAAUUUGUGGCAUUCACUUCAAACUACUUGAAUUAGAAAAAAGUAAACACCAAAAUAUUUGCAUAAUGGCGACUAAAAUGAAAAUACCAUUUGACAAGUAUUUUGAGAAGUGUAGAACGGUUUUGGCAAUUGCAAGCAUUCUUGACCCAAGGCGAAAACAUGAAUACGUGAAAUACGCAUUCACGAAAUGCUAUGAUAUGGAAGUUCAGAAAGACUUGGCACGUAAUAUUACGAAUGCUUUAAAUGAUAUUUUUGACUAUUAUGAAAAGGAACUUGGCAAGCAGGCAUUAUCCUCUUCUCUCGCUAUUGAUAAAGGUAAUAGCUUCACCUCAUAUCAUGAUGUUAGCCCUUAUGAUGAGCUGAAUAAGUCUUGGAGGGAGGAAAAAUGCUCUGGUAACGAAGUUGCCUCAAGAAAGGAACUUAAUCGAUAUUUAGCAGAGCCUUGCAUUGAUGUAAAUGAUGAGUUUGACAUCUUGGAUUGGUGGCGUUCCAAUAGUCAAGAAUUUCCGACUCUCAAGAAGAUGGCACUUGACAUCUUGGGAAUACCAAUGUCAACGGAUUUGGAUUUCGGAAUUGGAGAUAUGACGAAAAUCAUUGAUCCAGCCUUUAAUGGCCUCCAUAGUGAUAUCAUAGAGGCUUUGAUAUGUGGAAAUGACUGGUUGGACAUGUCUACGAAUAAGACACCUAUCAAGGAAAUCGUACACUCCUCUAGUUACACUCUCAAUGGAAAACCUACAGGUCAUGAUUAUACUUCAAUGGCUAUGGGUGGACCUUCUUUAAGCACCGGGGAGCUUGAUCAAGGCAGACCGGAUUCCUCUCGUACCAACAUGGAUCUCACGCUUGGAUUUGGGCAGCAGCACGGCACGCAGACUCAUGACACUCCAAUUUCGAGAUUCCAAGUACCAGUCUCCCAAGAGUCUCUCUCUCAGCCCCUCCCUUGUGUGCCCACAACGGCCAACAUUAAUCCCACCAUGACUGUGCCUAAGGAAACUGGACCCAACCUUGGUUUUGAAAUUGGGCCCCAGCACGGCCCGUACCCUCAUCACACUCCAACUAGUUCGCGUUCUCAGACAUUCCAAGGAGUAGCCCUCCAAGACUCUCAGCCCCUCCCUCGUGUGCCCACAACGGCCAACAUUAAUCCCACCAUGACCGUGCCUCAGGAAACUGAACCCAACCUUGGUUUUGAAAUUGGGCCCCAGCACGGCCUGUACCCUCAUCGCACUCCAACUAGUCCGCGUUCUCAAACAUUCCAAGGAGUAGCCCUCCAAGACUCUCAGCCCCUCCCUCGUGUGCCCACAACGGCCAACAUUAAUCCCACCAUGACCAUGCCUCAGGAAACUAGACCCAACCUUGGUUUUGAAAUUGGGCCCCAGCACGGCUUGUACCCUCAUCGCACUCCAAUUAGUCUGCAUUCUCAAAUGUUCGGAGGACUAGCCCUCCAAGAGCCUAACUCUCAACCCCCCAUAGACUGCAUGCUCGGAACGGCCAACAAUAAUUCCACCGCGACAGAGGGUACAGGCCGUGAUACAAUAAUAUCAUGCGACCCACGCAAUAGUUGGAGUGCGAUGAGGGUACAGGCGAUGAGGGUACAGGCUGUGGAAACAGUCGGAUCCGAAGCAGUUCCACUAGAUCUUCUUAACAGUUGGUCAUGAAUAUAGCCACCAUCGGAUGUUCACAUCGACCAACAAUAAUCCCUCCGAGACCUCUCCCUCAGAAA